AUGUUUGCUGCCUCCGUCACAGUCAAUGAUGAAGCAUUUCGUGUUCCCGCAACAUUUAACACGAAGAAGGAAGCUAUGAACGAUGUCGCAAGGAUUGCAUAUGGAUUCCUCUCUGUUGGGAAAGCCAACUUUCGGCCAUCAGGAUUUAAUGGAGGGUCAUCAUCAAGUUCCAAUGGUAGUAGGUCUCCUUACACAUCUUUUGAAAAAGACGUGUCGUGGAAAAAUAUCUUGCAAGAGCGUCUCCGAAAAAUGAAUUGGAGCUUGCCAAGAUAUUAUACAAAAAAAUCUGGCCCAGAUCAUUAUCCUACAUUUAUCUCACGUGUGGAGGUAGAAGGUAGAAUAUUUGAAGGAGUGGAAGAGUACUCCAAAAAACUGGCUGAGAGGAGUGCCGUCAAGGCAGUGUGGGUGACAAUCUCUAUUGAUAAGUUGUAUGAAGAGAGGAGGCUGAGGAAUAAGGCCUAUAGACUUUCUAAGGAAGCAAGAGACCUCCUGCUUGAUUUGUUAGAUUUGAUCUACAAAUUAACAAAGACAAGAAAUCUUGCAAAUGAGCACAUGAAAGGUAUUGAAACGGUGGUCGAGAAUAUGAACAAUCAAUUGAGUAUGGCUGGGUGUUUGAACUUGGACAAUGUUGAUUGA